AUGCCUCGCCCCGCCGCCCGCCAGCUCUCUGCCCGCGGCGGGCCACUAGGCGGAGGCAAGUCCGGUUGCCGCAAGCCAGUGCGGAGGGCGCGCUCGCGGGCGCGGGGCGCGGCGCGGGUCCCGGAGGGCGGGGCGGGCGCGGCGCGACUCCGCCUGGAGCCGGGUGGGGCCCAGGCCUGGGUUGCCAUGGAUACCGUGUCCCUGGAGCAUCAGAUCCAGAGUGUACAACGCCACAUCAGCUUCCUGAAAAAGGAGCAGAUGGCUUUGCUGCGAGACCUGCACCUGGAAAUCCUGAGGCUGCAGAAACGCUGUUCAGAACUGACUCGUGAUCUGGAGAUGAAAGAGGCCCAGUCUCAUCAGCAAGAGGCGGCGUCCCGGGAGCUGGAGAGCAAGUGCCGCGCGCUGGAGUCGCAGCUGGCCGCGCGGACCGCCGCCAACGCCGAGCUGCGGCGGGAGGUGGCGCAGCGGGAGGCGCUGGUGUCCGCGCUGCGUUGCAGCCUGCGCGCCGAGGAGCGCCGCUUCCUGGAGGAGCUGCGGCGGCGCAGCCACCGUGCCACCGUGCUGGGCACCGAGCUGCAGAAGCACACCGAGGCGGCCGCCUACCUCUCCUGCCAGCUGCACGCGGCGCGCCAGAGACUGCAGACUCCGCGCCCGGGCCCCGGCGCCGCUGCCGCCGCCACGGAGCCCCGGCCCCGCCGGCGCGCACAGCGGGCUCGCCGCCCGCCCGCCGCCGAGGCCGCAGCCAAGGGCCCGGGCCGGGACUGGGCCGCCUGGGACCGCGCGGCCCGCUCCCUGGACGACAUCGACCCCAUGCCCGACCCUGCACUCUUCCUCUACCCGCGGAGGCCCCCGCGGCCCAGCGGCCGCAGCCCGCGCCAGCCGCCUCCCCAGGAGCCCCCGGACCAAGCCGGCCCGCCGGCCGCGCCCAGCCCGCCUAGCGCUCCCAGGGAGCCGGAGUAG